AUGGCCCCCUCUCAGCUCCAGAUCGCAACGUCUUCGCUGCAACGAUUUCUGAAAGAAGAAGCCUCGUAUCACAAGGAGCAAGAGCAACAGGAAGCCCGGAUCGCCAAGUUGGAAAAAGAGGGAUCCGGUGGGGACGACGAAGGCGAAGACGGUAACCAGGAGUUUCGGUUGAAGCAGGAGAAACGAGCACUCGAGGAAACAAAAGCCAUCAUCCCAACGCUCAGAGAACGGAUCACCAGCACCAGGGAGAAGCUGGAGAGUUACUUGGACACGGCCACGAACGAUGAAGAACGCAACAAGGCCGUGGAAGUCUUGAAAGCGGCAAAGGAGGCGCAGAAGGAUGACCCGAUCGCUGGGCAGAAGACUUCGGGAUGA